AUGGUUGAAAUUGAGGAAAUUGAGGAUACACGGGUCGAGAAUAGUUACCUUCAAAGUACAGCCGCUCAGAAUACAACGUCGGCGGCCAGGAUCGCAACUGGGGAUGCGGGAACCGUUGGGUCAAGAUCAGGAAGUGGAUCUGACGGAGCCAAGGUUGCCGGAGAACCGUCGGAUUUAGGAGGCGAUGGACGGCUAUCCUCGGCUGCGGGUUUCGAGGCGAGUCAAAACGGCGCUGCUGGGAGUGGGUCGGGGGCGGGAGGCGUGAAGGCGGGGGAGAAGGAGGAGGAAGGAAGAGGGGAGUCCGCGGGGGGAGGGGGGGCAGAGCGGGAAGGAGUGAAGGCGAGGGGAAAGGACUCCGCGGGGGAAGGGGAGGCGGAACGGGGAGGGGAAGACCUUCCUGGGGAGCAGGGUGGAUUCAAAGAUGCGCUCAGCGACUUGGCGGGGACUGGCGGAGAGGCGGCAGCGGGUGAAGAGGCGGAAGAGGUGUUCGAGGAUGCGCUGACAGAAGAAGAGCUGCGCAAGGUGAGCGGAAGUGAGGUGGGGGGAAAGGGGAAUGGAGGGGGGAGGGGGAAGGUGGAAGGGGGAAGGUGGAAGGGGGAAGAAGAGGAGCUGCGCAAGGUGAGCGAAGGGAGGGGUGGGGGAAGGGGAAAUGGGGAGAGGGGACGUGGAAAAGGGAACCAGGAGAGGGCGGAAGAGGAGUUUGAAGAUGCGCUUACAGAAGAGGGGCAGCGCAAGAAAGCUCUGGCGGAAGCAGAGGUGAUUAAAGCGAGGGGGAACGAGGAGUACAAGCGGGGUGACUAUAACGCAGCCCUGGAGAGCUACAGCAACGCGCUGGCAGCGGCGCCUGGGGCGGAACAUGCAGAGGCGAAGGAGUCACGAGCGAUUUACCAUGCCAACAGAGCCAUGUGCCACCUGCAGCUGAAGGAUUAUGAUGCGUGUGUUACAGAGAGCACAGCAGCCAUUGAUCUGAAGCCGGACUAUGUGAAAGCGAUCAUGCGACGAGCACAGGCAUGGGAGAAGCUGGACAAGCUUGAAGAGGCGCUGGGAGAUUAUAAGAAAGUGUUGGAGGUGGACAAAACCAACGCACAAGCCAGAUCAUCUGCCAGGCGAUUGGAGCCCAUUGUCGAAGAGAGGAGGGAAAAGCUUAAAGAGGAAAUGUUGGGCAAAUUGAAGGACCUUGGGAACUCCGUUUUGGGCCACUUUGGAAUGAGUGAGCUGGGUAUCACCUACCAACUCUAUUCGCAUCCACCGGUGCUUACAGUGGAGGAGCAGGCUGCACAAGUGACAGGAGCUACAGGGGAGUUUACCAAGAACCUUCUACUUAAGGACAAGAAGGGUCGGCUGAUUCUCAUCUCUGCACUCACCAAGACCAAGAUUGAUCUCAAGUUGCUGUCGCAGAGGCUGGGGCUGGGCAAGGGAGGAUUGCGCAUGGCACCAGACGAGAAUUUGGCUGCGGUGCUGCAGGUGCCUGCUGGCUGCGUGACUCCUCUGGCGCUCUUCAACGAUUCUGCCAAAGACGUGGUGCUGCUGCUGGAUCAAGGGUUCGCCUCCCAGCAGCACCUGCUCUUCCACCCUCUCUCCAACGACGCCACUGUUGCGUUGACUCGAGAGACGUUUGAGUCUUUCCUUGGCACGGUUGGCCGCUCUGAGCCAGCUUAUGUGGACCUUGAGGCCAACGUGGUGGUGGGCAAGGAUCAACCGCCCGACCUCGCUUCUCUUCUCCCCGCCGCUUCCACCGCUGCCGCAGCAGGAGAUGCCGCCUCUGCACCUACAAGUGCCGCCACCAGCACUACCAGCGGUGCCAGUGCCAGUUCUAAUACUGGUGGCAAUGGCAACGCCCCCAAGGCCGGUGCUGCUGCAGCUGGGAAGGGGAAGUCAGCUUCUCAGAAGAAGACAGCGGCUGCCGUACCAAAGGGGCCACCGGGCGAUGACGUGGCAACUUGCAUGACACGGAUAUUGGACAUGCUGACAGAGCACAUGAAGAAAUGUAGUGGUGACUCUGCGACUGCGGAUCAAUCUUCUAGUGCCAGCAAAGCCAAUGAGGAGCUUGCAUUGAAUCUUCAGCACACCCUG